AAGAGGAGUUCGGCCUUUUCACACUGAGCCAGGAGCCUGCACCAGGCAAGCAUAUGCAUGAUGUAGCGACGUGUAGCAGUCAAGCGCACGCACUUUGUCUGGGAAGCAAUCAAGGCCAGCCAGGCUGCUGCCAGGGCUACCGGCCAAGUGGAUUGCAGUCCUUCGAAAUCGCAGCAUUUUGCUCUGCAGCAUCGGUUGCUCGUCUGCUUCUGAUGGCUUCCACCGCAAAGGCGCUUUCUCGGUGCCUUCCCUCAAAGUCGCUCGACCUGUCCGCUGCGCAAGCUGUCCUACAGUCUGUGCAAACCUGCUCAGUACCUGCAGUGAUCAGACGGCCUUCAGUCGUGCCGCGCGCCUUUUUAAGUUCCUGCGGACAGCGCUGGUUCAGGAAGUGUGAUCGUUGCACCCCUGCAGGCAGGAGUAGGGACUUAGUGUCAGCAUUUGGUUUCUCACGGGGAAAUUCCAACUUUGUCACGAUGGCUGCUGCAACCGAUCAGGCUGGAGAGCAGGUCUUGGAGCAGGACGCUGUUGCUGAGGCCAUGGAAAGAGUCCAAGAGCACCAGAAAACUGCCGCCCAGCUACCACCAGUUGAAGAGGCGCGCACCAUUCUUGACAUUUGCCGGCAGGGCCUGUUGUCAGUGCACUCAAGCAGGCAUGAAGGGUAUCCAAUGGGGUCGCUCGUGGGGUACGCAACGGACGAGGCCGGCAGCCCGAUCCUUGCUAUCAGUUCCUUAUCUCCACAUACCCAGGACCUUGAAAGGAACCCCCAGUGUUCUUUCUUCUUGUCCCGGGACCUCAACAGCAUGAACCGCGCUAAGGUCACGCUCCUCGGGAAUGCUGAGAUUGUGGACGAAGCGGAGCGGCAAAGCGUGCGAGACUCCUACCUGAAGAAGCAUCCAAAUGCUUUCUGGGUUGAUUUUGGUGACUUCCGCUUCGUGAGGAUCCGCCCCACGCACAUUCGGAUGACCCGAAACAUCGCCACCUUUGCCAUGGGGGCGUCUGUCACCCAGUUCACUCCGGAAGACUUCGCCGCUGCGGAACCUGACCCCAUCGCUCAGUUUGAGAAACCGAUCAUGGACCAUAUGAAUGCGGACCAUGCGGACGCGCUCAUGGCGACGGUAGAGCACUACGUGGGCACCCCUAAGUUGGACGGUGCCCAGAUGUUGGAGCUGGACCGGUUAGGCAUGAGGCUGCAGGUCAAGCAGGGGGGCUCCAGCUUCGCUCUUCGGGUGCCAUUCACCCGGCCAGCCGCAGACCGGGGGGACGUGAAAACGCUACUCGUCGAGAUGACCCGUGAGUCCAUGAAGGCUUUGGGCAGGAGUCGAGGUGGGCCGAGCCAACAAGCAGCCUCGCCUGAGAAAGCGUAGUAGGUACUCCGAUUCAUAGGCCCACUGUACAGCAUUGUCAAGCGUUGUGAAAGCCUCAAGUGAUUGUAGCUGAGACGUGUUUUCGACCCUUCCAAAGUCUCUUUGAUGUCAAAAAAUAAUGCAUUCUGUCAAUUAGAUAAGUACCCAAUCUCUUAGUUGGCAGGAGUGUUCGGCGGGCGCUCACGAAUUAAACACCUUUUGUGACCAUGGCAGCACGUGGUGGAUACCAAUCCAAGCUGAGCACGAUCUGCAUGCA